AUGCACGACAAGACCGUCCACAAGUUAAGGAAGGAGUUCUUCGAGAACAAGGGGGUGCUGAAGGAGAGGAGAGAAGGCAAGUACGGGCGACUGACCAUUUACUGCGACGAGGAGCUUAACGAGAAAGCAGCCAAGUGGGUGAGGGUGAUUACAUUGUCCAAAGGCAAGCCGAACAUGACUGCCCAAUCUUUCUGCCAGUGGGUGAACGAACUUCUGCCUUUCUUCUGA